AUGAUCUUUGUUUAUAAACUAAAAGGUUCAUUAUUUGGAUCUACAUCUACAUUUGGAGCUUCAAGUACAAAAGGAAAUGGAAAUCAGCCAACAUCAACUUCAGGAAAUACUCUUGCUUCAGAUCCCAAACCUGGCCUUUUUGGUCCAAUUGGAGCUUUUCCUUCACAGACCACGGGGAAUGCUGGAUCAUCCAAUUCAGGUACAGCAUUUCAAGGAUCAAAAUCUACAGCCAGUAGUGUAGGAAAAUCCUCAACAGGAAGUGAUGUAUUUGGAUCAGGAAGUGUACCUUUUGGUGGAACAUCUUCCACCCCAAGCGGAGCAUUUGGUGGACCACCCACCACAGGAAGUAGAUUAUUUGGUACAUCCACUCAAACAGCUGAUGCAGUGCCACAAGGAGGUGCCCUUUUCAAAUCUACUGCACAAACCAAUCAAACAGGCCAUCUGUUUGGGGCUAGUGCAUCAGGAACUUCAGCCUUGUUUCACCAAAAGCCCCAUGGGGAAUCUCAGCAGUUGUUCGGCAAGCCUGUCCCAGCUUCUUCAUCUUUGGUGGGAGGGGAAUCCAGCAGCAAGGCUUUUGGUUCAGGAGGUUCCUCUGAAGAUGGAAAUAAAGGUCCUGUGUCAUUAAGGGACAAAUCUUCAGGGGAAAUUAAAGAAUUGUCACCCCCAGCGUCUAUGUUCAUUCUGAAAGGAUCAACCUCAAAAACUAUACAGUCCACAGCUGCUACGGAGGUUGGUGUUGAUACAGUUUCCUCAAAAUCCAAGAAGAAUUUGUUCAGUAAAGCAGCUAAUAUGGGCCCAAAACCAGGUGGUGCUCAAACUUUGUUUGGUAAGGCAAUAGCGAGUACACAACAGAUGACUUGGAGACGGGGGGCAGAAGGAGAGGAGGGGAGGAAAAUGAAGAGGAGAUCUAGUGAUGAAACAGAAGAGGAAACUCAUGCCAAAAGAGCUACCUCCACCAGGAGACUUUCCAGUGUGGAGGACAGAGUAGCCCUGAUCUGCAAAAAUGUCCCUCCACGAUUCAACAGUGGCCAGAAACUGCGACAACAUUUCACCAAAUUUGGGGAAGUCACACGUGUUAUAACCAAACCAGACAAAGGAAUGGCCACCAUUCAUUUCAAAACUCAUGAAGCUGCUUUAGAGGCCAAGAGAAAGGGGGCAGUCAUUAUGAAGGGGGAGAAGAGGAUGGAAAUAUUCUGGAGUUCAUUUUCUCCUGCAGCAAAGGGGCUGGGACGAAAAUCCUCAACGGAAGAUGCAAGCACACCCCAAGGACCACUCAAAAGACACGCCCAAGUUAAAGCUGGAGCAAGUCAAUUUAAGUGGAGGAGAAAUGAUGUGGAUGAAGAACUGGCCAGUAUGUCUGGUACCAGUGACAUCAGUGGUCAGAAACAGCAGGUCAUGUCUCUUCCUGAUGAGGUUAAGGGUCAGCAGUCACAGUCUACUGAGCGAGCAAUGCGGCAUGCCAGUCCUGUACCAAGUGGAACAAGUUCAUCUCCAGCAAUUCCCACCAAAAUAGACAAAGGUGCUGUCAUCAGUCUGAGAAACUCUAUUGCCAGAAAUAAUUCUGACAGGCUUCAGAUUCUUAAUUUACGUGACAAAGUUAAUCGUCUUGGACCUAAGAAGCAGUCAGACUUAGCUACUGCCCGGGCAUUUGUUGGGACAUGUACAGAUAUGUGUCCAGAGAAGGAAAGAUAUGAUAGAGAGGAGAAACGCAGACUUCAUCCUUACGAGGUUUUACAGACCUCAGAAGGGUCUGGUAAUCCUCAGGUGAACCACACUCUGGCAGUUAAGGAGUACAGCAGAUCCUCAGCUGAUCAGGAGGAACCAUUGCCAUAUGAAUUGAGGACCCUUCCAACCCUGACCUUGACAAUGACCUACUUACUGAGGGAGAUAGCUGACCGGGGUGAGGAUGGCAAGUGGGGGGAUUGGUUUGAUUUCCUUUGGAAUAGGACCCGAGGAAUUCGUAAGGAGAUCACUCAGCAGCAGUUCUGUAACGUGGAGAGUGUGGAACUCUUGGAGAAGUGUGUCCGUUUCCACAUCUUCUGUGCAGAGCGACUCUGUGAAGAAGACAUGCAUUCCUUUGAUGACAAGAUUAACAAUGAGAACAUGACAAAGUGUUUGCAGACUCUAAAGGAGAAUUACUCAGAUCUGGAGAAGAAACAAGUGUUCUGUGCCAACGAGGCAGAGAUGAGGUGUUAUAUGGUGCUGAUGAACCUCAAUGAGGGCGAUAUUCUCAGAGAAACCCAGCAGUUAAGACCAGAGGUUCGAAACUCAACAUUGAUUAACUAUGCCCUCAAAGUUUAUGCAGCCCUCAACAGUAAUAACUAUGUGAGGUUCUUCCGUCUCGUUAGGGAGGGGUCUUUUCUCUGUUCCUGUAUUCUACACAGAUAUUUUACUCAAGUUAGGAAAAAGGCAUUACAUAUUCUGGUAAAAGCACAUCGCAAGGGAGUACAGCUACCUUUAGAGGAUUUAGUGAGGACCCUGAGUUUUGAUGACCAGAGUGAGGCUGCCCAGUUCUGUCAGUUCUUUGGACUGACCACAGUAGACAACUGUGUGACACUGGACAAGGCAGCAUUUAUUGAACCGGAAGAAAACUGGUGCCCACGACGAUCAACUAUCAUAGAAAGGAAACGCAGUACGUCUGUGGGUGAGGCAAUCUAUGGAGGACCAUUACCAACUUUCUCAUUGCCAGAACCAGAGAACAGCUUUGAUAACAAUGGAAAAUUUAUUGGUCAGAUCAUUGUCAAAGAUUCAGAUUUUGUGGAUUCUCCAAGAAAGGAUGCAGUCAGAAGCUACAAUGUUCCUGAUCAAAUAUCUGUGUCUACAGAUAAAAUGGCUACUCCACAACCUACUGUUAUACCAAAAAUCAAGGUCACCUACACAAAUGAGGAAGUGAAAGAGACUGCUAAGUUUCUAUUCUGGGAGGUCAUUGACAACAUGUGUCUGGAGAUUGGACAGGAAACAAAGCAUGAAGUAGAUAAUCUAAUGGAAAUCUCACAAUCUUUGUAUGAUUCUAUCACAGGAGAAGUUGUGGCUGAAUUUGUAUCGACAUUGGCCAAACAAGCUGAGACAGAAGCCGAGUUAUUGAGACAGAAACAACAGAAAGCUGAGAAAGAGGCCAUGAUAACUCGGUCAGCUGUGUACCUGACCAGUGAGAUUCUGAAAGAAGUCCUUGAUCAGGAGACAUUGAAUUUGUCUACUGCAGAAAUUAGGGAAGUACAUGCAGAAUUAAAGAGACAAAGAAUCCAGAGGUGUUCUGCAGAGAUAGCAGAUGUCAUUCUGAACUCCACUGUCCAGGACAUUACUCAAUCUGUAUCCUUAGAAGUUUAUCAGAAAGAUGUCGUGGAAAGGCUUCAAAAGUUAGCUGACCUUGAACACUGUGUCAAGGUCAAAAGAGCAGGUCGCUAUCUAAGAAUAUGGAAAGCUCAACAUACUGCUCAAAUCAAGUUUAAACGCUCCUUGCUCGACUUUCCUUCAUCAAUCUCCAUGAUGGACCCAGCACAGCAGAUAGAGACGUUAAUUCCAGACAGAAGGGUGGAGGAUAUCCAAGAGGGAGGAUUCUAUGUGAACCAGACAACAAAAUUAUCUGUGGAGUCCCCAGUGAUGUUUGUGAAGAGAUCACAGGUGGAGGACAAAGUGCUGACAGCACAUGAAAUCUACAGAAAUCUGUGUCGACAGAAAGCUUGGAAACCUUUGGACAUUUGUUCUCUUGGUGGACGUCAUUUGCUGGUGAAAAAUAGAGUUUCUUGUAAAAAAAACACCAAGUGCAGCCAAGUGUUUUGGAAACUGGUGAUUUCUUUACCAGACCCAGACUACAUACAGACAGACCACCAAGGUCAAAGUCUCAGUCAUCUCGCAAAAUGGCUGAAGGCCAAAUUCUCAAGAGGGACAUCCAAACCUCACCACCACUCUUCAGUACAGAAUGAACUGCUGAGUUUAUAUACUGUACCAAUUACAUAUGAAUCAAUGUCAGGCAGUCUGGGUGUUUGUGUGAGGCUCCUGGAGGGUAAUAUAUCCAUUCAUGAUGUACCUGGCUCCCUUCUGGGAACCUCUUGUCUUCUUUUUGUUAUGCCUCCACCCCUCGUUGAAGAUCCGGAGUGGCUUCUUUGGGAAGAAGAGAAAAAAAGAUUAGAAGAUCUCUUGAUGAGCAAACCAAACUCUCCUGCUCUCCCAUUGGUUGUAUUAUGUCCUGUUCCAGCCAAUGAAAAUGUAGAUGAGGACUUUAUAUGGAGAUGUCUGAAUAUUGAUGAGUUGGUUGAAGAUGGAAAGAUAAGUGACAUUUCUCUUUGUGUUGUGAAAUAUGAUGAUGAUUUUCCUAAAGGUGUGGAUGUUGAGGAACUGGAGGUCACAGAAAAAUUAUCAGAGAGUGUUAGAUGGCUGAUGGAACACUCCCCAGAGCCCCCCGGUCUGAGGGUCCAGCAUUGUAGGGCUGUGGUGGAGGACUUUAUACAGGAUCAGUUCUACAGACCAGUGUUGUAUAACCUAAAACAGAGGAAACUCAGUGGAUAUCUACACCAGGACCCAAACACAAUAAUAACCCUGUACAAUGCUGUGAUUGUCUAUUUACAACAAGUGCUGACAUCACCAGAACUGUUGAGUUAUUCCUGGCCAGUCAGUGAAUUCACUCAUUCAAAGAUGCAUGACUUACCUCCCCUGUAUUGGAAUACAGACAAACACAUGACAUUGGUCUCUGACCUUUUGGAUGACCUUCAGCUGCCAAGUUUUACCUACAGUGUAGAAGAGGAUGAUGAUUGGUCGACAGUCUGUCGUGAUGUGUGGGCUUUUGUUCAGAGAAUUACUGAUGGAUUUCCACCAUCACAGUGUGUAGAUCUCACAUCUAAAGUUAGAGUACUGCUGCGACAGACACGUCUGGACUUUGAGGAUACAUGUGACCUUUGUACAGGGGUCAGUCAGUGUAACCCGACCUACAUCAACAUGCCCUGGACUGAUGUUCUUAUGGCCUGUGUUGAAUUCAAGAUCACUGUAGCUGACUUUACCGAUCUAAAUUCAGAGAGUGGACUUGAGGAGAUAUUAUUGGCGUACAACAAGGAUGCCCUCUUAGACUUUGACCCACCUGUUGAGUGGCGGUAUCUAGAAGAUGAAAGAGACAGAGAAGGAAAUGUUUCCCUUGAGAAGACAUUUUACAGAGCAGCCGCUAAGGAGUUAGCACGGAGAAGAAUUCUCAGGAACCUUAAGACCGGACCCUCCAGUGUCACACAGAAGGAGAAGUCUAACACUGUGGACCCCCUACCUCAGACUGUUUGUGAGGCCAAGCAAUCAUCUGAUCUUUUGUCCACAACUAUUGAAGAAGAGAAACUCAAGUCCCAAAAGUUUGACAAAUACCUUGAGAAUUUAGUGAAUGGAACAGAUAUGGAUCAAACUGCUUCCCUAGAUGUUACAAACAUGCCUCUUUGGAGCAUGUAUGAGUCCGUAGAGGAAGUGAGUGUCAUGUCUAAGAAUUCUUUGAGGGACUCGAUGUAUGAUCCUGAGGUCAGUGUGUCUUUUGCGGACUCGGUAAAUGACUCUGAGGUCAGUGUUUGGCGAUAUGGACGAUACAAUCUGGACAAGACUCUAAAUCAGCCCCGGAUCUCAGAACAGUUUGAAAAACUAGAGGAGGACCUAAAGAGUCAUAGGAGAGCCAGUGAUGUUUUUGAAUUACAACUUCAGAGGUGGAUCCAAGAGGGUGUAUGAAUGAACAAAUAUAUUAUACAAGUGUGAUUAAAAAAGAGUGUGCAAUAAUUGUGGGUAUUGAAAUGACAGGUCAACAUGAUCAGAGUUGUACAAAAGAACAGGUGCUGAAACAUGCAUUGAAACAAUUUAUUGCUGUUAUAGUGAUCUCAAAAUGAUGUAUGAAAAAAAAAAUUAAUUUGAAAAAAACAUGUGACUUGAGAACUUACAGCUUUCAUGUGGUAUUUUCAUUGAAUUAAAGCACUGUAAGUCAUGUGGUUACAAAUUUUACAGAAGAUAAUUGAAAGUAAAUGUGAAUUUCUGAUAAAAAAAAAUUGUACAUAUUAGAAAUAUGAAGUGUUGGAAAUUAUUGAUCAUAAGAAUAUGAAAAGGAAUCUUUGAAUAAAGUCAUUUAACAUGC